AUGAACGGAAUUACGCCGAAAUUCACGAACGAAAUCGAAAAUGUUGUGGAUGAUCAUCUGUUCGGAUGUGUUGCCACGAAUCAGGAGGUUCAGUGGCAUCAGGUAGGGGUAAUUUUUUGUGAUUUUUUUUAUUUGAGGGGUGGAUUAAAAUUUUUUUUUGAUGUCAAUUUUUUUUGAUGUGUGUUUUUCAGAACAAUAAACGAGUGUUAAUUCGAGCCGACAUUGAUAAUGUGAAGAACAGACAAGUCACAUUAGUUUGUGGUGGAGGCUCUGGACAUGAACCUUUUGCUGGCGGUGGGUUUUGGCUUUGUCUUUAUUAUUUUACUAGUCUAAAUUUAAUUCUAGUCUAGCCUAAGCUAACGCUUAAGCUCUAACCUAACAAUUUUGUAAGGGCUAGCUCUAGUUUCGGGCUUAGCCUAACCUCUAGAUUUAGCCUAAAACUGAGAUUAAGCUUUAGGCGAACUCUUACUUUAAGCUCUAGCUUUCUUCUUCGCUAUUAGCCACACCCUAAGCCGUAGUUUGAGUUAUAGCCUAAGCUCUAGCUCUAGCCUAAGAUAUAACCUAAGUUCUAGCCUAAGCCGUAGCCUAAGCCCUAACCUAAGCCUUAGCCUGAGCUCUAGCUUAAGCUUUAGCCUAAGCUCUAGCCUAAGCCCUAGCCUAAGCUCUAGCCUAAGCAAUAGCCUAAACCUUAGCAUAAGCCCUAGCUUAAGCUUUAGCCUAAGUCCUAGCUUAAGCCCUAGCCUAAGCUCUAACCUAAGUCCUAGUCAGUAGCUCUAGCGUAAGCCUUAGCCUAAGCUCUAGCUUCAGAUCGAUCCUAAGCUUUAGUCUAAGUCUUGGUUCUAUCUUAAGGCUUAGCCUAAGCUCUAGCAUAAGCUCUAGCCAAACUUUAUUCCAAGGCGUAAAUCUCAUUCUAAAUCUUAGAUCUAGCUUAUGUUCUCGCUGUAGCCAUAGCAAAAACUAAUUCUAGCUCUUACUGUAAUCAUAUUAUUAUAGGCUUCGUCGGUCCAAACGGCUUAUCUUCAGCCGUUUCUGGUGAUGUCUUUGCUUCACCUUCAUCUCAACAAAUUCAAGAUGCUAUCUCUUCUGUACUAUCCAACAAAGGCACUAUAGUAUUUUCGAAUAACUAUACUGGCGAUCGACUCAAUUUUGGAAUGGCAGUUGAAAACUUGAAAAAUUUGCAUAAGAACCUCAAGUUGAAGUUGUAUUUUGUGGAUGAUGAUGUAGCUUUAGAAGGAAAGGCUGGUUUUAAAACUGGCAAUAGAGGAUUGGCUGGAAGUGUGCUGGUUUUACAAGCAGCUGGGGCUUUUGCUGAAAGUGGCAUGGAGUUUGAAGAGAUUUGUGAGAAUGUGGAGGACAUGAUUGGGAGCUUGGGUAGGUUAAUAUAACUUCUUUUUGUGAUAAGACAGGGCAGGGUAAUGUUGGGUAGCGGAGAGGGCAAUACGUUAAGAUAGUGGUACCGCAGGACUAGGGUAGGAUACAAUAGGGCAGGUUACGUUGUAGGAUAGAGUAGGGUACAGUGGUUCUAUGGUAGGGUAGGGUAAGUUAAAGUAGGGUAGGGUAGGGUGGCGUUGGGUAGGGUAAGUUAAAGUAGGGUAGGGUAAGGUAAGGUAGGGGAGGGUAAAAAUUUUAGAACUUUAAUUUCAGCUACCUUCGGAGUCAGUUUAUACCCCUGUUCCAUGCCUGGCAAGAGCUACAUGUUCAGUUUACCUGAUGAUGAGCUUGAGCUUGGACUGGGCAUUCACGGGGAGCCCGGGUUAGAACGAAUCAAGGUCAAAACAGCCAAAGAGAUCAUUGAUAUUGUCAUGCCAAAACUCGUGUUUAGUAAUCGAUUAAAGUUGGGCCAACAAAGUGAGGAUAAGAUUGCCAUUUUAUUGAACAACCUUGGUAUUGUCAGUCAAAUGGAGAUGAAUAUAUUGGCCAAGGAGGUAUUGGACUGGAUUGGUGAGUGUUUAUCUGAUAGAUGAGUUAAAUUCUCUAUUUUACAUUUUAAUUCUAAAAAUGAUGUUUAGAAGCCAAUACAAAGCUAAAAGUAGCAGCAUUGUUCCGUGGUACCGUCUCAACCUCAUUAGAUGGCCAUGGUGUUAGCAUUAGCAUCUUGAGGUCGGACAGAGAAAAUUGGUUGCCAGCGUUGUGUACCAUUAGUCCUAUUAGUAAUUUUUGGAAUGUAACGAAGCCACAGAAGCUUGAAACUACUUUAUGA